UUCAUCCACUGCUGUGCCAUCGCGGUGCGGCGGCCGCUGCUGCUCCGGAGCCACACACCGGGAACACAACACCGCUUCUCUCUCGCUCUCCGUGAGGGGUUCCCCCCCUCAGAGCCCGCCGCGAGGACCGUUGCUUUGUGAGAAGAGCGCAGCAAUGGAGGAGACUGUCAUUUGGGAACAGCACACUGUUACGCUACACAGGGCACCAGGGUUUGGCUUCGGGAUAGCCAUAUCUGGAGGUCGGGAUAACCCUCAUUUUCAGAGUGGUGAGACCUCCAUUGUCAUCUCAGAUGUCCUGAAAGGAGGCCCAGCAGAAGGCCUACUGCAAGAAAAUGACAGAGUGGUUAUGGUCAAUGCUGUCUCCAUGGACAAUGUGGAGCACGCGUACGCAGUCCAGCAGCUUCGUAAAAGUGGGAAAAUUGCCAAAAUUACAAUCAGACGGAAGAGGAAGGUGCAUGUCCCCAUGGGCCGCCUGGGGGAGAGGGAAACUAUGUCAGAGCAUGACGAAGAGGAGGACAGUUACGAUGAGGAGAUAUAUGAGACACAGAGUCGACGCAGUGGUGCUUACAGUGGUAUGGGCGGGGCCAUGGGCAGGCGCAGCGGCCGGAGCAGCGGGCGAAGGGACAGGGAACGCGAGCGCAGCGUCUCACGGGAGAGGAGUCUCUCCCCACGCUCAGACCGCCGCUCGCAUAACCUGCCCCCACGUCCUGCCAAGGUCACACUUGUGAAAUCACGCAAAAAUGAAGCAGAAUAUGGCCUGCGCCUGGCCAGCCAUAUCUUUGUCAAGGACAUUUCCCCUGAGAGUCUGGCAGCCAGGGACGGCAAUAUCCAGGAAGGGGAUGUUGUCCUGAAGAUCAAUGGCACAGUGACGGAGAACCUCUCCUUGAUAGACGCCAAGAAGCUGAUAGAAAGGUCAAAGGGCAAGCUAAAAAUGGUUGUCCAGAGGGACGACAGGGCGACCCUGCUGAACAUCCCUGACCUCGAUGACAGCAUUGCUUCAGCCAACGCCUCCGACAGAGAUGACAUUUCAGAUAUCCAGUCUCUGGCAUCCGACCAUUCCAAUCGAUCGCAUGACAGACAUCGUAGCAGCCGCUCCCGCUCACCAGACAGAAGAUCUGAGCCCUCAGACCACUCAAGACACUCCCCCCCUCAAAUCAGCAAUGGCAGUCACAGAAGUCGUGAUGACGAACGGAUCUCGAAGGCGGCGUCGACACCGGUGAAGCUACCGGAGGACGUUCCUUUACCCAAACCGAAGGAGUCGGCCAUUGCCAGAGAGGAGAAACAGCUUCCUCCGCUUCCAGAGCCCAAACCGGUUUAUGCUCAGCCAGGACAGCCAGAUGUAGACCUGCCAGUCAGUCCCUCUGAUGCUCCUGUGCCAAGUGCUGCCCACGAUGACAGUAUUCUACGGCCGAGCAUGAAGCUGGUGAAGUUCAAGAAGGGGGAGAGCGUGGGGCUGCGUCUGGCUGGAGGGAAUGACGUGGGCAUCUUUGUAGCCGGCGUGCUGGAGGAUAGCCCAGCUGCUAAGGAGGGCCUGGAGGAGGGCGACCAAAUUCUCAGGGUAAAUAAUGUAGACUUUGCAAAUAUAAUCCGAGAGGAGGCGGUGCUGUUCCUUUUGGACCUUCCUAAGGGUGAAGAGGUCACCAUUCUGGCCCAGAAGAAGAAAGAUGUGUAUCGGCGGAUCGUGGAGUCUGAUGUCGGGGACUCCUUCUACAUCCGGACACACUUUGAGUAUGAAAAAGAAUCUCCCUAUGGGUUAAGCUUUAACAAGGGCGAGGUGUUCCGUGUGGUGGACACACUCUACAAUGGCAAGCUGGGUUCCUGGCUGGCUAUCCGCAUUGGCAAGAACCACCAGGAGGUUGAGAGAGGCAUUAUCCCCAACAAGAACAGAGCGGAGCAGCUCUCCAGCGUCCAAUACACUCUCCCUAAAACAGCGGGCGGAGACAGGGCCGACUUCUGGAGGUUCCGUGGUCUUCGCAGCUCGAAGAGGAACCUGAGGAAGAGCAGAGAGGAUCUCUCCUCCCAGCCAGUCCAAACAAAGUUCCCAGCUUAUGAAAGAGUUGUACUGAGAGAGGCUGGCUUCUUGAGACCGGUUGUAAUUUUUGGGCCCAUUGCUGAUGUUGCUCGAGAAAAGCUCGCCAGAGAAGAGCCGGAUCUGUUUGAGCUUGCAAAGAGUGAACCAAGAGAUGCAGGAACAGACCAACGUAGUUCAGGAAUCAUCCGUCUUCACACCAUCAAGCAGAUUAUUGAUAGAGACAAACACGCUGUGCUGGACAUCACCCCGAACGCUGUGGAUAGGCUGAACUAUGCUCAGUGGUAUCCGAUCGUAGUCUUCCUAAAUCCAGAUAAUAAGCAGGGUGUGAAGAACAUGAGGACCAGACUGUGUCCUGAGUCCAGGAAGAGCGCCAGGAAGCUCUAUGAGCGAGCCAUCAAACUGAGGAAGAAUAACCACCACCUGUUCACCACCACCAUCAACAUGAACAACAUGAACGACGGCUGGUACGGAGCUCUGAAAGAAACAAUCCAGCAACAGCAGAACCAGUUGGUUUGGGUUUCAGAGGGCAAGGCGGAUGGCAAUACAGAGGAUGACUUGGACAUCCACGAUGACCGUCUUUCCUACCUGUCGGCGCCAGGCAGCGAAUACUCCAUGUAUAGUACGGACAGCCGACACACUUCUGAUUACGAGGACACAGACACAGAGGGUGGAGCAUAUACAGACCAGGAGCUUGAUGAGACUCUGAAUGACGAGGUGGGUCUGCCAACGGAGCCCGCCAUCACCCGUUCUUCAGAGCCUGUGCGAGAAGACCCGCCUGUAAUUCAGGACACCCCUGGUUACCCUGGAUACCAGCACCCUAUGCAGCCGGAACCAUCAAGUCGCAUAGACCCAGCCGGGUUCAAGAUGGCUACACCGCAGCAGCAAGAUGAAGCUGCUCUACCCAUGUCCUCUUUGCCUCCAUCGGUGGUAACGCCCCCUGCUGUUGAGCAGCCUGUACAGCUUGAGGGUUUGCACCUAGAGGAGCCACCUGCUGCAGCCGCAGCUCCUCAGGCUGACUCACUUAGCAGCCUCAGCCCUGCCCCUGAGCUUAUUCCGCCCCUACCACCACCACACCAAUCCCACCCGUCUGGACCGUCUGGUCCAGAACCAAAGAUGUAUAAAAAAGAGCUGUACAACAUGGAGGACCCUGUGCGAAUCAACCACGGUCUGAAGCAGUCUAUGAGCUACUGUCACCAGCCGCCGUACCAGGACAAACAGCCAUACCGUGAAUACGACCACCCGCCUUACGGAUACGAUGGAGGUGGCUACACAGAACCAAAGCCUCACAACUCUGACUCUCACCCGCACUACGACAACCGUGUGCCUCAUUACAACGAACAGUGGCCCCCCUAUGACCAGCAGACCUCGUCCUCCCAGCCCACGGGGUACCAGACGAGCGACCAGCAACCCAUGGGCUACAGCCCCCAUUCCCCCUACGAGGAUGGACCAGGGAGGGACUACAGCCCCCCUCAGCCACGCUAUGAUGAGGCCUCACCAGUGGGCUACGAUGGCAGACCACGCCACAGUAAACCUGGGCCCAUUCGUUAUGAUGAGCCCCCACCCCCGCCCCCAGCAAGCUACGACGCCCGCUCUCCUUACGAGGCAGAACCUCACACUUUUCCCAUUAACUCUCCUCGAUCACCGGAGCCUCCCAAACAGUAUUACGGCGACUCUGGUCUCAGGCCCACCUAUAUUCCCGGGCCUCAAAACCGGGGCUAUAAGCCAGGGAUGCACGAGCCCAUAAACUCUGAACCCACCAUUCCCCCUCCUAAACCAGAGGCACUGCCCUCCCCAAGUGAGCCAGCGAUCACUCCAGGCUCCAAACCCCUCCCUCCCCUGCCCAGGGACGACCUGGACGACGACCCGGCCAUGAAACCACAGUCGGUGCUCAACAGAGUCAAGAUGUUUGAGAAUAAACGGUCUGUUUCUAUGGACAGGGCUAAAGAGGGAGGAGAGUCGGCAGCACCCAAGCCUGCAGAUGUUCCUAAACCAGUGAGUGCACCAGGCCCAGUCCCCAAAGCCAAUUCCCUCAGCAACCUGGAGCAGGAGAAGUCCACCUUUAGGGCUCCUGAGCCACAGAAGCCCCACACUAAACCUCUGGAUGAUGUAAUGCGGUCCAACCACUAUGACCCAGAUGAGGAUGAAGAGUACUAUAGGAAGCAGUUGUCCUACUUUGAUCGCCGAAGCUUUGACAGCAAAGCCAUGGGCCAGCCUGCCCCUGGCAUCAACCGCUUCCACGAUCUGCCCAAACCAGCUCAACUGUCCUACCCGUACAACAGAGUCGAGUCUGUUGAGAAGGUGAGUCCAGUGGAGAAAAGAUACGAACCCCUGCCCCAGAUCAGCCCCUCCUCUCAGUAUGGACCCCCAGCCUCAGCCAUCCCACCCAACACACUGCCCAAACUCAGCCCCUGUGACGCAAACUCCAUACCCGAACCGUUGACUUCACCCAACCCCAAACCUGAGCUGUCGGCUCUCAGGCCGGCCAGCAGGGAGGAACCCUCACAUGGUGGCUACCUGCCCCCAAGGGGCAUCCCUGACAAACCAGUCAACGGCACUGAUGCAGCUCCCCCAAAGACACUUGGUGCUCCAGCUACAACUAGCUACAACCGCUACGUCCCAAAGCCUUACACCAGUGCAGCGAGGCCCUUUGAGCGCAAGUUCGAGAGCCCCAAGUUCAACCACAACCUGCUGCCCAACGACACACAGGUGAAGACAGAACUCCUCAGCAAGACCAGCGUGGUCAGCGGCGGCGGCGGGAAGCCUCAGCUGUCACCACAGCCCCUGGAUCACGACAGCGGGCUGGACACCUUCACACGCACCAUGGACAACAGGCCCAAAUACCAGCACAAUAACAUCAACGCCAUCCCCAGGGCCAUCCCUGUAAGCCCCAACGCAUUGGACGAUGACGAUGAAGACGAAGGGCACACGGUGGUGGCCACCGCCCGCGGGAUCUUCAACUGUAAUGGUGGAGUGCUGAGCUCCAUCGAGACGGGCGUCAGCAUCAUCAUCCCUCAAGGUGCCAUCCCUGAGAACGUGGAGCAGGAGAUUUACUUCAAGGUGUGCCGGGACAACAGCAUCCUGCCCCCCCUCGACAAGGAGAAAGGAGAAACGCUGCUAAGUCCGCUGGUGAUGUGCGGCCCUCACGGACUCAAGUUCCUGAAGCCGGUGGAGCUGCGCUUACCUCACUGUGCGUCCAUGACCCCUGAUGGUGAUCCCAAAACCUGGCAGAACAAAUCUCUCCCGGGAGACCCCAACUACCUGGUGGGUGCAAACUGUGUAUCUGUGCUCAUUGACCACUUCUGAAGAGGGCGACAGCUGGCCUGUUACUGAAUGUGAUGAACUGGGGGCCUCCGCUGCCCGGCCGUGCUCCCUGAAACGUGGCGGGGGGGGCACAGUGCUCAAUGAAGUAUGAACUCGGUACUCUCAUGUUGUUUACUGUGCCCAAAACAAAAAAACAAAAAAAAGAGAGUCACACAAGGAGAGUCGGAGGAGUCCAGCAUCUCCAAGGCUGCACUCUCGUUUUUUUCUUUUUUCUCUUUCUUUUUUUGGUGCUUUCAAGGCUUGCAAAAAAUAAACGAUAACAUGAAGUUAUUUAAACAAAGGAACUGAAGUUGGAAUGCAUGACCAGUGCACAGACUGAAUACUCUCAUUUUGACAUUUUUAGCUAAUUUUGUAAAAGGGUCCGAGCAGUGCAAGAAAAAAAGGAGAAUUUUGGAAACUUGUUUAAUAUUGCAAUGGGAUUUUUUGCGUACUGUAAGAAGAAAAAAAUAUAACACAACACUCACAAACAGCAAAGUUGGUAUAUGCAAAACUUUUGUUUGCGAGUUUGUGGUCAUGCGUUUCACUCUCGAAGGAUCUUGGUGGACUUGAGAAAUGCUGAGCCUGACGCACGAAGGAAGAAGAAGUAGGCAUCAUAAAUAUAAAAAAUAUAUAAUAAUAAUAAUGAAGAAUGAAGGUUAAGUAUUAGUAUCAGAUGCCCGUCACUUCUGGCGGGGCUCUCUGUUUAAACUGAUGUUUUGUAGCAAACGUUUUACCGUAGAUAAAUAUACUGACUUGAUUUUACAAACUCCUGCUGUCUAGAGAUCUAUGCAUGUGCUAUGACUCAGGUCCAGAAGCCUGUUACUACUAAGUUCAACACAUGGAAAUCCCAUCGUACACUGCAAGCAGUGAUGCCUUAUCUGCAUAUUAACUUUUCAGUGACACAUUCGAACAUCGGGUCCUUCGCUAAGAGCGUCACUACAGAAGAAAACAUUGUCUCUCUGCAUUUUCUCAUAACCAGUGAACUUGGAUUUAGCACACGAGAAUAAUUGAGGCUGAUAAAAAGGUAUGCUUUCUUUUACUGCUAUGCAUAUGAAGUCUGAGGAAAAACAAAAACCUAGAAGAUGUUUAAAAUUGUGGCUGUACAUAUUGCUAGCAUAUGGCCUUGGUUCUCUGUAAAUUGACUUUUGUACAUCUUUGUUAUUUUGUAUAAAAGAGAAAAGGUUUGUUUAAAAAAGACAAAGCGGUUACAUUGGUUAUGUUUGUAUUCUGGUUAUACCCCUGAGCCUUGGAACUGACAUAAGCAGUAAUAAGUCCGACUUUUUUACCAACAUAUACACACACUACUUAAGGCAUUUUUAACAGUCAGAAAAAGUUUUUAUUCUUAUUUACAAAAUAGAGAAGUGCUUGGUUUAAAUGAUUUUAAAAGAUGUACUUGAGGGGGUCUGCUGUGAAGAGUGGUCCCUUCCUUUAUUUGUGAUACUGGAUGCUGUAUUGUGUGCCCUGAAAUGUAUUUUUGUACUAAUAGACAAUUUAUUAUGGCACAUCAGUACUAUUUUCUUUUGAUAUAAUAACACUGCUUCAACCCAACACUAGUUUAUUUUCCUGUGUGGCUGACAUUCUUUUUAUUUAUUUGGAUUUCUCUUCGGUUCAACUUUUGUUUUGUUGGUUUCCUUUGCGACACAUUUCUAAGUAUA